AUGGCGGGCAUGCGCAUGAUGAGAGACGGUCGUGAGGACGCCAUUAUUGUGAUCAUGAUGGAAGAAACCCCGGUGACGGAAAUGCCAAAGUCGUUACUGAAUCUGUGGAAACACAUUACUUUUCUCAUGUGGGAAAAUGAGCAAACGGAAGAAGAGAUUUUCUGGGAUCGACUCCUAGAAGUACUGACCAGAACUGAUGGCCGCCACGUGGACCUAUCUCAUUGUAAAUUGCAGACGGUACCAAGCAACAUUUCGGCAGUAUCAGAGAGUUUAGACCUAAGUUGGAAUCUCUUGAGAACCAUAACCAAUGAUGCCUUCAUCAACCUGAGCUCUCUGACGGCCUUGGAUCUGUCUGGUAACCGACUACAAAACCUACAACCAUGGGCUUUCAGAGGAUUGUCAAAGCUCUUGUCCCUCAAUCUGAACCAAAACAAUCUUCAGCUAACCUACGAAGCCUAUCCUCCUAAUGUCUUUCGACCACUUCAGCGGUUAGAGACGCUAAAGAUAAUCUACAAUGCUAACACGGGCAGAAAAGAUCUACCAAAGGGAUAUCCAGAUCAACUGUUCAGUAGCCUUGGAUCUGUGACAUUGCUUGCCAUUGAUGGUAUUGAUGGGUUACCUUUUGGACAAGGGAUUUUGACCAUGUCCCAGCUUUCGUCAUUACAGGUGAACUUAAGGGAGCAAGAUACACCGAAUGAAACGUUUGCUGUUUUCGGAAACUUAUCAGUUAUGUCCUUACAAGUUGAGUGUGCAAAGCUUGAAAUAGGCAGUUUGAAACAUUUCCCUCACAUGAAAAUUUUAAGGAUCAAAACUGAUGGAUUAAAUCAUGCAUUAUCUGCACUUGCCGACGUUCGCUACAGGAACUUUACAUUUCUUUCCUUGUCUUACUGUAAUGUCGAUAUAAACAGCGGUCUGAAUCCAGAUAAUUUAAUCAUCACACGAAAUAAGUUUGCUCACUUGGCAACCUUAUGUGUUCAAGACCUAGAUCUUAGUAACAAUUUUAUUAUCCGCUUGGAUAUAAAUGCCAUGUUUGAAAUUAAGUACCCAGAAUGUUACGAAAGGAUGAACCUUGGAGAAAAUUAUUUAGUUAUAGCGACUCAAGAACUCUUAUAUUUAGGUUUCCUGAGAUUAACAAACCUCAAUUAUCUAAACAUCAGCCCUGGGAAAAGGUAUUUUGUGCCAAUCAGUAAGCCAUUGUCCCCUGCAAAAAAACAUGCCCUGCUCAGCUCCGCAGAUACAUUGCAUCUAACAAUUCCCUUCCCACCUUCACUCCAAACUUGGAAUGCUAGCUAUGUUGGUAGUGGUGAUCACUUUAGAAUUAAUGUUACAUUUAAAAACGCAGACAAACUUCGAAAUGUCGAUUUCGCAUUCACCCAACCCGUGGGGUGCUUUAUGUUGAUCUCAGGGAUGCAGAAUGUUGAGGUGUUAAAUAUUUCUGGUAUAGACUGCUCUCUGCUAAAGCCAACAUUUUUUGACUCUUUUUUGGGCUUACGUGUCCUUGUUGCACAAAGCUGUAGGCUGAGGGAAGGCUUUGAGCGUGAUGCAUAUGGCGUUGCCUUCCGCUCUAUUAAAAACCUAAAAUCACUUGACCUAUCGAGCAACGAUUUAACAACGCUGCACAAAGAUUUGUUUAAGCCACUUCUCAGCCUCGAAGUCUUGAUCCUCAGAAACAACAAGUUAACCGUAAUCCCCUUAGCUCUCUUCAACAUUAAGUCUCUGCGAUAUUUGGAUUUAACAGUCAAUGUUCUUUCAUCAUUUUCCGAAGAGGAAAGGCAGUGGGUCACUUCUACAACUUCUUUGGAAGGACAAAAGUCGGUGAUCUUGUCUCUUAGUAAUAACUCCUUCCUCUGUAUUUGUAACACGCUGCUGUUUGUCCACUGGGUUCUAGCAAAUUCUAACAAUAUCCUCGAUCAUGAAAGCCUGUCGUGCAGAAUGGAAAAUGGAACAAUGACAAAUAUAAUGAACUUAAAGUCAAAAGUAAAGGAUAUGGAUGUCAGCUGCGUCAGCAAGUUUUGGUUGACAUUUUCUGUUGUUGGAUCCUGUUUGUUAACUCUCUGUGUAAUCUUGGCAAUAUUGGGCUACCGUUACAGAUGGAACAUAAAAUACUGGAUGAGGACAAAAUGUCGUAGAGGCCCUGUAUAUGACGAAUUGGCCAUGGAACAUUAUCAGUUUGACGCAUUUGUGGCCUACAAUUCGCAGAAUUACCAGUGGGCCUGUCGUGAUCUACGAAACGUUUUGGAAACUGAGAACAAUUACAAACUUUGCCUCCAUGAUCGUGAUUUCCCUGUAGGUGUCAGCAUACAACAGAAUAUUGUAGACGCCGUGAACAACAGCCGGAAAGUCAUCCUGGUGAUCACCAGAGCCUUUCUGAGAAGCGACUGGUGUGAGUUUGAAAUUCAAAUGGCGGGCAUGCGCAUGAUGAGAGACGGUCGUGAGGACGCCAUUAUUGUGAUCAUGAUGGAAGAGACCCCGGUGACGGAAAUGCCAAAGUCGUUACUGAAUCUGUGGAAACACAUUACUUUUCUCAUGUGGGAAAAUGAGCAAACGGAAGAAGAGAUUUUCUGGGAUCGACUCCUAGAAGUAAUGGCACGCCCUUAA